AUGAACACUUUGGCAGAUUAUGGAGAUGAAAGCGAUGACGAAUCGCCACGACGACGUUCUUUCAAUAUGGGACAAAGUAAUGGCUUAGGUGAAGUGCCGAGUUCGACACACUCACAAGAAAACACGAGCGUACAUUCGCCAAAAACGCGCCGAGAUUCUGAUUAUUCUCCAAGACCACGAAGGGAUUCCGAUGCGAUGUUUGAUGACACGGACACCAUGUUCGAUGAGCCACGUCGUUACUCGUCUUUCAGUGAUAAUAGUGAGCAUAGUGAAAAUACAGAAUUUCGGGAACCACCACCACCAAAGAGAAAAGAAUACCACUCUCCGUCGCCUUCUCUUCCUACUCCUACAUCCAAAAUUCCACAGGUUUCCUCGGGAGUGUCUUUAGUUUCUUAUGGUGCUGAAGAUAAAGAAGAUGCUUUCGAAAGAGCCGAUCGUGCGGCAGAGAAAGCUUCAAGUCUCACCUCACCACCAUCUGGAAUAAUUGAGCCUCGUCCUCCAGAAAGAAUAAGUCAGCAAAGCGACACCGAUGAUGAAAAUGAGCGACUCAUAGAUAUGGCGCUCGAGGAUGGGCGCAACGCCAUGAAACAGAUCGAAGAUGGAUCGUCAACAGGUUCCGGUGGAUGGACUCCUCGUCCUUACGAUACUAGUCCAUUUCAUGGAAUGGAUCAAGAAACAGAUACUAAGAGAAUUGAGACUCCACCUCAUCAAGAUGUAACUAUACCACUUCCUCCAACCACAGAAUGUGAUCCAGAAUUGGUGUCGGAUGUUCAUUUAAGUGAAUGGUGUGAGAAUCUGGGGUACGUUGGUCUGUGGGUAACGAAGUCACUGCGUAUUAACGACUGUGUAUUAAUGUCAGAUUUGCCAUCAUCCAGUUCGUGUCACCGCGCAAGGCAGUUGCUCCGCUCGGCCACUCACCCAAAGACCUUCUCUUAUAUUGAUCAGCUUACCACAUACAUUAGAAACAACGUCAUACUACAUGAGCCAGGAAGAUUUCUCAUAAUUCCGAAGCCCUACGGAGUCUCUUGCGUGGGUACGCCACAUGAGGAUGGUGGAGUGUUUGAAAGUAGUGUCUAUAACAGGAAGGUUACAGACACGCUUCCAGUGAGAAAACUGGUUGAUGAGAGUGUUACGAUCUCCGAUUGUAUAUUUGGUCUCGCUCGAUUGUUCAAUGAGCCAAAUCUCUCAUUUUGCACUGGUUUGAAGAGAUAUUUAUCUGGUGCCAUUGUUCUACCAGCCAAUAGUGUCGAUUUCGAGAACGUUAAGAAAAGCAUUAAGGCCAUUCUUAUAUCUUCACCACCCAGAAUCUCUGGCUCAAUUUAUGGUUACGCUACGUUUCAAUCCAGCGGGAAUUUUUCAGAGUACAUUUUCGUCGAAAAACGCGCUGAAAGGCGUGCUCGAAUGGGAAAGUUUGCCAUCGCUGGUUCGAUGGAUUGGAAAGUGCUAGCUGAGGGAUACGGCUGCUCUCUUGUUGAGUUUACUGUUAACAAAUUUGCCCGUCAUCUUCCACGUGUGAUGUUUUCCCAUAUGCUGUGUCCUAUACUGGGCGAUGAAAUAUACGGAAAUCGGCUAAUAGAUAUCGAUGGAAAAAUAGCAACCGUUCAGCCAAAGGACCUGCGUCGUGCUAAAGGAAGAAGGAUUUUUCCACGUUUUGGCUGGGUGAUCGGUCGGCCACGAAGCGAGCAGGACUUCGCUGACCUUUACGCAAACACUCCCCCACCACCUCAUUUUCUCGCAAUGGUAGAGGCACUGGGAAUGAGCAAAGCGUUAAUGAAGUAUUUCCAUGAGAACAACGAGGACAAGGUCAUUGGUGGAGAUGAGAGGUUUUAA